CAAACCUGUCAUACCACCUAGUUUGAAUCUGCUCCUCCGCACCGGCACCCACUGACUACACUCAUCGCCAUAGCCAUUGCUACCGCCAUCACCACCAUGUCAGCUCCAGCAACAACCCGCCUCAUGCGCCAAUGGCUUCGUCGUGGCUCCCAAGCCAGCAUCACGCCCACCAUCACACGACAACUGCACCCGCAAGCAGCAGCAGCAACAAUCCGACGCGUGGUACCACAAAUCGUCCUCUCGCAGCCUCGAUGGCUCUCGAUAUCACACGCCGCCCGAGCGGGCAUCAUGCCCGAGUCCGAAGACCCCAAACCGCCCAACGACGAGGUCAUGGCGCCAGGCAAUCAACAGCCGGCACAGCUGAGUGAAGACGAAUAUCAAGAGCUGUCGGACGUACAGAUGGACUUGAUUUGCGAAAAAGCAGAGGCGAUGCAGGAAUCGCGCGAGGAUGUGGAGGUGGAGUAUUCGGCUGGUGUGUUGAACAUCGUUUUCCCGCCCAAUGGCACCUAUGUCAUCAACAAGCAGCCGCCGAACAAGCAGAUCUGGCUGUCAUCGCCCAUUUCUGGCCCCAAACGCUACGACUGGGUGGUGUCGGGGGAAAGCAUGCACCAAAAGGAAGGAGGUGGGCAGGGAGAGUGGGUGUAUCUGCGUGAUGGAACAAGGCUCAAUGCACUGUUGAGCAAAGAGUUGGGACUGGCGAUUGAUCACAUCGAGGAGGAUAUGACUCCUAGCAAGGAUGCCACUGAAUGAGGUAGAUGUGUGAUGAGAAAUGAUGAUACUUUGUUCUCUCGGCGGUCCUAUCCG